AUGACAACCUUCGCCUUACAAACCAAUUUUGGUUCUUGGAGAAAUGUUUGCUAUGAAGCGGGUAUUGGCCCUAAAAGGGUUCAGGAAAUUAUAGAAGUUGUGGACGAAACACCAAAAAAAGGAACUCAACAAGAAAGAGUUCAAAAGGUUGAUCACAAUUUGGACAAAGAGACUAUUGCAAAGAAAAUGGAGAUAGACAAACUCUCGCAACCAAAAGUAAUGAAAGAUCAUGCACAUGGUGACAAAGAAGUUGUACAAGAAACACCAAAGAAAAGAACUCAAGUGAAAGCUACAGUGAAUAGAGAAAGAAUUCAAAAGGUUGAUGGAAAAUUGGACAACCACAUUGCUAUGAAGAAAGCAGAGAGACCUAAGCUUUUGCAACCACAAGCUAAGGAAGUUCUUGCACAUGGAAACAAAGAACAAUGUAUCAAUGAAGAUGUUGAAAAGGAAGAUAUAAAUGAUGAAAUUCAAGAGGACGACAUAAAUGAUAAAAUUCAAGAGGACGACCUAAAUGAUAAAAUUCCAGAGGACGACGUAGAUGACGAAUUUCAAGAGGACGACAUAGAUCUAGAUGAUGAAUUUCAAGAGGAGGAUAUAGAUGGUGAAUUUCAAGAGGACGACGUAGAUGAAGAAUUUAUGGAGGAUGACAUAUCUAACGAAUUUCAAGAGGACGAUCUGGAUGCUUUACUCCUAGAAGACAAACUUGAAUGA